AUGAGCAUCAAUGUCUAUUCUAUUGUCAGAAUCAUUAUCGGACCAUGCGGAGCCUGCAAAUUCUUACGAAAGAAGUGCCAAGAUGAUUGCAUAUUUGCACCUUAUUUCGAUUCUGAUCAAGGAACCGCCGAUUUUGAGUCCGUUCACAGGAUUUUCGGAGCAAGCAACAUUUCCGAGCUUCUAACGAAUAUCCCGAUCCAACAAAGAACCGAUGCCGUUUUCACUUUAUGUUUGGAGGCUCGUGCUCGUCUCCGAGAUCGAGAUCCUAUAUAUGGUUGCAUAUCUGAUAUUUAUACUCUCCAAGAUCAGCAGACAGCCGAUCAGAACACUUUCGCCGGAGCUCCGGUGGACGGCGGCAAUGGGAAAGAGUUUGCUUCGGAGUUCCCCUAA